AUGUGGCUGCUUCUCUUGAUGAUUUUACCGGAACACAUCAGGAAUAGACGAUCCGUCAAAGUGGCCGCCUUCUUGGUCGUCGUGGGAACACUGGUGUUUUGGUGGUACAAUUUCCCUUUCCAAAAAGUUCACGAUUACAUUUUACAGAGCAAAAGAGGCAAAUCCAUUUUACUCUGGAACUCUAACGAAAAUGAAAGAUUCUUCAGUCAGCACAGCGGCAGUUGCGGUUCUAUUCGAUGCGAAAUCAUUUCCAAUCGAUCGGCACGUCCCAUCGAAUCUUACGACGCCAUCGUCGUCAUUUUCGACGACGAAUUCUCUCCAGUCGACCCAAUGGAGUUGGCCGAAUUUCAAUCGGAGAGCAAUAACACAAAUCAAAAGUUCGUCUUCUACACCCGAAAAUCACCGCAAUCGCUAGCCUCUUAUCACAGCGUGAGUGAAUCCACAGGCGUUUUCAAUUGGACCAUGACCUACAGAAGGGAUUCGGAUAUUCCUAUGCUCUACGGACGGAUCGCACCGGAAGAAUUGAGUUUCCUCUCGCCGGAAGACGUACUCCGUCACAUAGAAAGAGCUCGCAAAACCUUCCGGCCACGCCCAAAGUCGAUUUCAAAACCCAACAAAGGUUCACCCAUUGUUGCCUGGAUGGCCUCCGAUUGCAACACAACAAGUCAGCGGGAAUCGUAUGUCAAAGAAUUAAAGAAUUUCAUCGAAGUUGAUGUUUACGGUGAAUGUGGUAACUUAACUUGUGAUGGACCGCAGUGUUACGACAUUCUGGUGCGCAACUACAAGUUCUACCUGUCAUUUGAAAAUUCACUUUGUCCUGAUUACGUGACGGAAACGUUUUUUACCAUGAUGGAUCGAGACGUUGUUCCGGUUGUGUAUGGUGGCGCCGACUACACUCGAUAUGCUCCGACCCAUUCCUACAUCGACGCUCGACAAUUCAAGCCGGAAGAAUUGGCCACUUACCUGAAAUCCCUGGACGCCAACGAUACGUUGUACGGCGAAUAUUUUUGGUGGAAGGAUCACUACCGGGUAACAUCCAGUGAGGAGAACAUGUGGCGUAAUUCAUUUUGUAACUUGUGUCAGAAAUUGCACAGAGAUUUCGAAUCGAAAUCUUAUCAGGAUCUGAUAUCUUACUGGGGUGACAACAAUCAGUGCGUUCCGUUUGAUCCGAAAUGGAUCUUUUAA